CUGGCUCACCCGGGAGCAGCCCGUGGCCCUGCCCCUGCGGCCUCCUCCGUCCUUUUCUUCUCAGAGCUGCUUUCCUUCCCUUUCCAGUGGCUGCCCCCUGGGAAGGGGCCCUGGCAGUGGAGGAAGUGCCCUGGUGGCAGUGCUAUAAGGGAGGGACUUCACACCCAGGACCGGCGCAGCCACGUGCCACUGGGGUCCUGGUGCUGUGCCCCCAGCAGGUGCCGUGGGACGGGACCGGGCGCUUCGUCUGUGAGUUCAGAGGUCAAGUCCCUCACAGCGUACCCGUGAGCGUGCGGCGGCGUAACCCUCCAGGAAGCCGAGUCGGGGACUGGUCAUGUUUUGGUAGUGGUGACAGACACUGCCUGGGUCAGGUCUGUCUACUGCCCCGGCCGCUGCGUUUGGGCCGCUCGACGGAGGGAAGCCAGCUGUGUGGAUGCCUAGGCUCCUUGACUAACAGGUCAGCCAGUCACUCGAUGGGGAGCAACGGCAGACCCCCUUCCCGUGUCGCCGUGCCGCCUGUCUGCAGCCAGGGAAGCCGCUUCAGCGCCGCCUCAGUCAUAAUGAUGAAACUGGUAUUAACUGAAUGGCAAUUAUGGAUUUUUAACUCUAAUUCACAGUAAUCCAACAAGCCGUAUGUUUAAAAUCCAACCAAAAAUCGUUUUGUUUUGCUGCGAGCUGCAUCGGUUGUGGCAAGCCACACGAGGAGGAAUAUAAGUGUUACUUGCUGAGGAGCGCAGCGGAAGCAGAGAGGAAACGUCCGGUUCACCCUCACAGAUACGUGGCAGUGGUGGUGUGGCGGUAGAGCAGACACGCGAGCACACGCACGCACGCACACACACACCUACCUACCUACCUACCUACCUACCUGGUGGGAUGAGAAUGGCUCCACAGAACGCCGACUCAGAAUCCAUGCAAGUUCAGGAGCUGCCGCUGCCCCUGCCCGAGCUGCAGAAGCCCACCGACACUGAGCCGCACGAGGAGACCACCAGCGAGGGCUCCAUCGACCGCAUCCCCGUCCGCCUGUGGGUCAUGCACGGGGCCGUGAUGUUUGGCAGGGAGUUCUGCUACGCCAUGGAGACGGCGCUGGUCACGCCCAUCCUGCUGCAGAUCGGCCUCCCGGAGCAGUACUACAGUCUCACCUGGUUCCUGAGCCCCAUCCUCGGGCUCAUCUUCACGCCCCUCAUCGGCUCCGCGAGUGACCGCUGCACCCUGAGCUGGGGCCGCCGGCGGCCGUUCAUCCUCGCCCUCUGCGUGGGCGUGCUGUUCGGCGUGGCGCUGUUCCUCAACGGCUCUGCCAUUGGUCUGAUCCUUGGCGAUGUCCCCAACCGGCAGCCUGUUGGCAUCGUCCUCACCGUGGUGGGGGUGGUGGUCCUGGAUUUCAGUGCCGAUGCAACUGAGGGGCCCAUCCGCGCCUACCUGCUGGACGUGGUGGACAGCGAGGAGCAGGACAUGGCCCUCAACAUCCACGCCUUCUCUGCUGGCCUCGGCGGGGCCGUCGGCUACGUGCUGGGGGGGCUGGACUGGACGCAGACGUUCCUGGGCGCCUGGUUCCGGACACAGAACCAGGUGCUGUUCUUCUUCGCGGCCAUCAUCUUCACUGUGUCGGUGGCCCUGCACCUGUUCAGCAUCGAGGAGGAACAGUACUGCCCCCAGCAGGACCGCGGCGUGGAGGCCGCCCUACCCGCCGCCCCGCAGCCCGGCCUCCGGGACGGCCGCACGCUGCUCCCCGACGAGGUGCAGUCGGAGCACGAGCUGCCGCUGGACGGCCUGGACACGGGCCUGGCGCGCAGCAAGAGCGACUCGGCGCUGCACAUGCCGGACGCCGCGCUCGACCUGGAGCCCGAGCUGCUCUUCCUGCACGACAUCGAGCCCUCCAUCUUCCACGACGCCUCGGGCCCCGGCACCCCCCACAGCACCAGCCAGGACCUGGCCUUGGCCAGGCUGCCCCGUCUGCCCUCCCUGCUCAGGGACCCCGCCAGAGAGGACACCACGCUGCUGGACAAUCACGUGAACGAAUCCCAAGUCCCCAACGGCAGCGGCAGCGGCUCGCUCCUGAAGGACGGCCUGCACAGCUGCCCCCAGGUGGACCUGAAGCCCUCAUCCGCGUCCAGUGCCGUGCGGCGGCGCAGGCACGCGUUCCACCGGCAGGCCUCCAGCACCUUCUCCUACUACGGCAAGAUCAGCUCCCACCGCUACCGCUACCGGCGCGCCAAUGCCGUGGUCCUGAUCAAGCCCUCACGCAGCAUGAGCGACUUGUACGACCUGCAGAAGUGGCAGCGGCAGCGGAGUCGGCACCGCAACCAAAGCGGGGCCACCACCUCCAGUGGGGACACGGAGAGCGAGGAGGGUGAGGGCGAGACCACCGUGCGGCUGCUCUGGCUGUCCAUGCUGAAGAUGCCCCGCGCACUGGCCCGGCUCUGCCUCUGCCACCUGCUCACCUGGUUCUCUGUCAUCGCCGAGGCCGUCUUCUACACCGACUUCAUGGGCCAGGUCAUCUUCAAGGGCGACCCCAAGGCCCCCUCCAACUCGACCUCCUGGCAGGCCUACAACGCUGGUGUGAAGAUGGGCUGCUGGGGCCUGGUCAUUUACGCAGCCACCGGCGCGAUCUGCUCAGCCCUGCUACAGAAGUACCUGGACAACUACGACCUGAGCAUCAGGGUCAUCUACGUGCUGGGGACACUGGGCUUCUCCGUGGGCACGGCCGUGAUGGCCAUGUUUGCCAACGUCUACGUCGCCAUGGCCAUGAUCAGCACCAUGGGCGUCGUGUCCAUGAGCAUCUCCUACUGCCCCUACGCUCUGCUCGGGCAGUACCACGACGUCAAGGAGUACGUCCAGCACAGCCCCGGGAACUCCAGGCGCGGCUUCGGCAUCGACUGCGCCAUCCUCUCCUGCCAGGUGUACAUCUCCCAGAUCCUGGUGGCCUCGGCCCUCGGGAGCGUGGUUGAUGCCGUGGGGACGGUGCGUGUCAUCCCCAUUGUGGCCUCCGUGGGCUCGUUCCUGGGCUUCCUGACAGCCACGUUCCUGGUAAUCUACCCAGAGGUGUCGGAAGAGGCCAAGGAAGAGCAGAAAGGCCUGUCUUCCCAGCCCACGGGCGAAGGCAGUGGCGAGAAGCCCACUGUGCUGAGGCUGUCCCGGAAGGAGCGCCUGCAGGGCUCCGUGGAGACAGAGUCCAUGGUCUGAGCCGAGCCCCCAGGGCGCACACACGCCGCCGGGCCGGCGGGGCUGCUUCCCCAGCGGCCGCACCGACCUGACCUUUCUCAGAUGAGCAGCGUCGAGGGCGGGGCCGGUUUGCACAGAAACACCACACCAGUUCACUUUUCCCACAAUUAAAAAUCAUUCAAUUUUUUUAAUUGAAAAAGACCUUUUUAAUUUCAACUCUUUUAUUCUGCAAGUAUAUUAUUCUGCAUGUUCUUUAAAUUGUAAGCCAGAUUCACAAUCUAGACCAUAAGCAAUUUAGGAAAAGAGAGGAUUUUUUCUAAAGCAGAAUUGAACCCCCAAGACCCCUGCUGUCCUUGGCCACACCUCAUCUGGCGCUUCAGAUGAGGCGGCGUGGCCAGCAGCCGGCACGAUCUCCCCCGGCUCUGUCUCCGGACGCCUU